AUAGCUAGCUGCAAGCCAGCCGCCAGCCGAGCCGACGAAAUUUUGACGGCUCGGCGCCGCAAAGCCAGCCGCUGGGCGCUGAUCAAAGUGUCCUUUAUUUUAAUAAUUGAUCCUAAAAUUGAAAGGCCGAGCGCGCCUUCACGUGCUGCUGAUGGAAGGAACACUAAAGCAAUAUAUUUUUCUGCUUCAAUAAAUAAUAAAUAUAAAAAAGUGAAAGCGAAGCAAAAUCCAAACUGACUCAGAUGUCAACUGCAGGCGUCACAGAAACGGAACAUUGGUCCGAUUCCAGGACUUUCAGGGCCUUUACGAAACAUAUUCUUUCUGUUAUAAACACAAUUCAUAAAAAUUAAUAACCCUUUUAUGGAAUAUUUAAAAUUUAAAUUACAUUUAAAAUUCCACAGAAAAGGAAGAAAGCUAAGCAUCGAACUAUGGACGAGAUGGAAAAGAUUUUAAGACAAGGUGAGGCUCAAGGUCGACCAAGAGGUCCAGCGGAUCUUGGUUUCUUUCAGUUUGAAUCAGGAAAACAAAACGCAGACAACGUGUUUGUUCUUCUCAUCCAUUACCGCAAUUUCGAAAAGUGGAACAAAUUUCGAAACUGUGACGCACCAGACGUGGAGAACCUGAAAACGACCUUUGGAAAGAACCGGAACUGCUAUUUCCGCAACCUUUAUAGACCAGAAAAGGAAAUUUUGCUCGAUCUUCUCGGCAGCCAGGAAAAGCUCUUGCGUUAUUUCUCCUCAAAAGACAUUCCGUCGGUUUUCGUGCUCUUUUUCCUCUCUCACGGCAACGAAAAUGGAGUCAUCUACACUGAUCACUGGAGCGAACAACAGAAAGAUUUUAUUUCCUUCACGACAGAAGACGUUUUCAACUCUCUGAAAAAACUGGAUGGAUUUGAGAAAUGUUUGAAGCUUGUCAACUUUGGCCCGUGUAGGGGAAAUCUAGAUGACGCAAAGUUCGACCGAAAAGAGGAUUACAAGAGCUACAACAACCAAAAUUCUUGCCGAAUCACUUAUUCGGCUCCUGAUUUACCUAACACAGUCAUCGUUUAUUCAACAGUCGAAACAACCAUGGCUAACACAAGUGAACGCGGUUCGUGGUUUGUGAACAGCAUGUGCGAUGUCUUGAGCCAGAUCAACGAGGAUAAGCCUUUGUUGUUAUUCCUCACGUCAGUGCAGCACAAAGUGCACAAAGCAUCUAUCGCUGGACCUGACUUCGCAACAAACCUUCAUCUUGGUCAGACGCCAGAGGUCAAAAUGUUCCCCUUAGACACAAGUUUUUUCUUCUCAAGGGCAUUGAAUGCUGCAAAACCUGUUUCAAGAAAUGAUUCACUCAUGGAAAAAGCAGCAACAAUCACGUCAACGUCUGAAUCUUUUCCUUGGAAGUCACGCGAGGGAAAAAAUAUCAGAGGUCGGCGCGCCUUCAUCUUUUACGAACGGCAAACGUUAGAAGUUCAAGAUAUGGAAAAAGCUCUGCGGCAGAACUUGGAUUUUGAUACAAGACUUUGGAAAUUGAAUGAUGAUUCUUUGAAACUGUAUAUCACACAAGUUAGCAAGAUGGAGCAUGAUGUUGGCUGCGUUGUGACUUGCAUUUUCGGCCAAGUGAGCGUAAACAAAGAGACAAAAGAAGUUUGCGUGCUUGUGAACGGAAGAGAAAUUCCAAUUACCGACAUUUUGCAUGGAUUUAUCGGCCCGAAAAAUGACAGAUUGAUCGGAAAGCCCAAGAUAUUUUUCAUCAUUGACCAAAAGGCGAUGGAAAGCGACAACCUCAAAUCAUCAAAGAGCAAAUUUGAGGUGUUUUCAACGAAUCACAGCGGCUGGCUUGUCAUGAUUUUGAAGGACAAAGACUUGCUGGAGCAAUUGAUCGGAAUCUUCAAAGGAGAUGAGCUGAAAAAAGGGAGAAGUUUGCAAGAGCUUUUAGUACUUACAACUGGUACUAAAAAAGAAUUAACUCUGCUAAACUCGACGCUUCAGUACUUACUUGAUUUUCCCGACUGGCCGAGGACAUUCGUGAAACCAGAUUUCAAGCUUACAGUGAGAGGCAACAGGAAAAAGAUUUGCUUCGAGGAUCUGAUCGGAGAGGCGAAAAUGUUGCGAGAAAACCAGGUUUGGCUGUUGAGUUCGGUCGCCGGCGCCGGAAAAUCGACAGUUCUCAAAGAAAUCGCUUUCCAAAUCGGAAAAUCGGAUCAAGACGCGAGAGUUUUGAAUAUCUCAUUAAAUAAAAACUUUAAAACAUUAACAAAACCUCGAGUGGAUGCAGUCGAAUUUCUAGCCAAAACCACAGGGAAUUCCUCUGAAGACAUAAAAAAUUGGAUUGCUCAGAAAAAAGUAGUCGUCUUCCUGGACGGUUUCGACGAGAUUUGUCCGCACAGCAGGGACAAAGCUCUCGGAAUAUUGAGGGCUUUGAAAGAAAAAAGAGUUCCACUCUGCGUGGCAACGAGACCGCACGAAGCGAAAGUGAUCGAGGCAACGAUUAAAAACGCUACACUUGUUGAAAUAGAGCCAUUCGACGAAGCAAAGCAAAUCGAGUUUCUGCGGUUAGAGACCAAUAACAACGAGGAAGAAAUCAAGAGAGUUCUUCACGCCGUCCAACAAAUAGGCCUUUCAAGUCGUAGAGAUGAGGACACGAUUCUGGUCAACCCCCUGCACCUGUCGUUAGUAGCUCAGUGCAGCGGCGAAGGAAAUUUAUUCCAAAUUUACGACAAGGUGGUGAUGAAGAAGGUACAACUGUGUUUGGAAAGGGAAAAUGACGGAAAUAAAGUGGCACAGAGGAAGAUUGACAACGCCCUGAACCUUCUGCGGUUGAUCGCUUUCCGCUUCAUGAAAAACGAGGAACUUGUCGGACCUGAAGUGACGAAAAAGGAUUUGGCGAAGAUGAACAACUAUGGAGUCGCAAUCGUGGAGCAAGAAAAGGUCACUUUCCUCCACCAGACAUUUGCAGAAUUCCUCGCCGCCCAACAGUUUUUGAAAAACGUGGGAGAGUCGGGCAAUUUUGAUUUUGAAUUUAUUGGCCAAUGGUAUAGGGAAGAGGUCAGAAAGUUUGUCGAUCUUUUCUACUCGACUUUGGAAAACGAAGAAGAGAUCGAGAUUUACACGCAAAUAAAAGUGCCCGAGGAAAUUUCAAACAAAUCUGUUCUGUUUCUGAAUCACGUUUGCAAGGAAAACCUCAAGCAUAUUUUUAAAGUGCUGAAGCCACACAUUACUUUUUGUGACGAGCAAAUGGAAAAAUAUUCCUUUUACCGGGAUAAUAGAGAACUUGGUUGUACAAAACACCGUUCUUCCAUUUGCGUUAAUUACGCUAUUAAAUUGCUGGUCAAAGCGAUAAGAAGCGAAGAAAUCUUCACCGAGCUGUUGGAAAUGAACGCCAUCGAUUCACGAACCUUGGAAAAUAAUAUGGAUGAUGUACUCAUAGAAAUCGCCUGUUACAACGCAACCUCCGUGUUCAACCAGCUAAAAGAGACUUUCCCCAACUUCGUCGAGCUGCUCAGAAAAUCAAGUAUCAGCGACGUCGCCGGUUGCAUAGCGGUUCAUUAUGAUAACGAUGAGAUUCUCGAAUUGAUGCUGGAAAACGGAUUCGGCAAAGAUUUUUUAGAACAUUUUAUGUAUGGACGCACCCUUUUCAUUGCUUGCAGAGAGGGGAAACUCAAGUACGUUAAAAUUCUCCUCAAACACGGCGCCAAACAAGCCAUUGAUAUAGCCUUUAGCAUUCCCCAAAGGAUUUGUGACCCUUUGAACGUAGCUGUGGAAUAUGGCCACCUGGACAUUGUCAAGCUUUUCGUGGAGGAAGAAAUUAGCGGUUUUCCCCGAGAUAAAGUGACGCUUGAGGCAGAUAUUUUUCAGACAGACAAGGAGAAUGCGGUCAAGCAAUACAAUCGAGAGUUCAUUGGCGAGGAAAGUGACGGUUUCAACGCUUUCCAUUAUGCCGUCUAUUACAGAGAAAAGGAAAUUGCCGAGUACCUGCUCUCAAAGAGUCCAGAUUUGAAACACAUCAGGACAGGAGAGGGGAAGAGUCCUUUGAAGCUGGCUGUGGACCACAGAAACGGAGAAUUUGUGCUCUGGCUGGCGAGAGAAAUCGGCGAUGACCUGAGUUCUUUCAUUCCAAGAGGCGAGACACAAAGUUGGACCGAACACGAUCACUUCAUCUACGACCACUUCCUGCUGCUGCGAGGCGACCUGACGGAAAAGGACGAGCGAGGUAAAACUCUUCUCCACUGCGCCGCCCAGCACGGACAUUUGCAACUCGUCCGCGAGUUCAUCGCGAAAGGUGCCAACGUGACUGCCAAAGACGCCAACGGAUGGAACGCCUUGCACUUCGCCUGCACCUUCAUCGAUUUCAUUAACAGGCACGACAAUUCAGAAGUGGUCAAACUCCUGCACCUAACUAACCCUCAACUGGUGAAGGAAACGACAAAUAAAGGAGAAACUGCACUGCACAUUUUGGUGAACAACAACUUCAAACGCUUAUCUUCCAACAGUUAUACAUGGUCAGGCAGAAAACCUUUCCGUUUCCUUGUGUAUGAAGCAGGGGUGGACUUGGAAGCCAGGGACAGCAAAGGCCUCACGGCAGAGGACGUGGCCAAUGAUAAAGACCGUGGUUAUUGGGGACAUUUAAGUGAAGAAGAUGAAGAUUAUUCAGGCAGAAUUUAUAGGUAUAGGAUAAGAGAAAAUUGGGAAUCCUGUAGCUCUAAAUGAGUUAAUUAAAGGAAAUAUCAUACAUUAUCACGGAAAAAAAAUAAAUUCACUUAUUUCAUCAAAAAUUUUGUGCUUUCACGUUUUUUAUUCUGGCGUUUCCCUAUAUCCGUUAUUUUCAAUUAUAUUUUAUGUCAGUGAUUUGAUCAUCAUCAAAUGCGGCUUCUAAAUAGUAAAAAAAUAAUAAAAUUUAGCAUAGCAGGCCAUAAAAUUGCAAAAUCAAUCUUUUGAUCAUAUUUUAAUGCGAGACUUUUCGAUUUCUUUGUUUCUGGCCUCUUGCCGGAAUUCUUUUAAAAGGCUCAAAACUAGUUCCGCGCCAAUGUGUUGUUUAACCAAACGGAAAAACCUGCCGUGGCGGCGGCUUCUGCGCUUUGAAGCGACACGCCCUGGCCGCCGCCGCUCGUCACCUUUGCCACUACGUCGAUGACAGACUUUACUCAUUUCGGAAAACAGAUUCUUUCCACUUCUUUUGUUUCUAUAAAUUUUAAAUCCUAAAGAUUGCUGUGAACAAAUUGGAGGCUUUUCGGUUUUUGCACUCGCGGAGAUGUGCAACGUGAACGCCCGGCCGUUCUUUCAGUUAAAAUUCGGUCGUUUGUCGGAUGGCCUCCUGAUUGGACAGGUGUUUGAAUCGACCUUUUACCUGGGACACCCCACCGACCUUUAUCAGGUUGCCCCGACCUGGCAUCCUUUCCCAGGCCGCAUUUUACAGCUUUUUCAGUAAUCGUACAUUUUUCAGCCCCUCUUAACACCGUCCUUCCUCAGGUCGCACUCCCUGAGGAUUUUUCCAGCUCCUCCGAGUUCCAAAACGCUCUCAUCUUGUGCGCAUUUCGCCCUUGCGGAGAGCUGCAUCAACACGUUUGGCUCGAAUGAAGGAAAAUGA